CGGGCGGGACUAGCCAACUCAAAAAUAACCAAUCAGAAAAAGGGCAGAAAUGACGAUGGUAUCACGCGACGCUGUAGUUUUUUUUAGCGGAAGUCAAAGAUGGCGUCUGUUGUUCACAUAAAUGAUACUUGUCGUCUUUGUAGUAAAGUCCUAAGAAUUCACGGAGUUUUAAGCAAUUCUGUAUUAAUAUUUGAACGAAAACUACAAGACAGGACAUUUUCCGACAGAUGUGCGCGUUUGGGAUUAAAUUUAAGCCAAGAACGAACAAAGUCGGUGCGUAUUUGUAGAACAUGCGCAAACGUGGUAGCACGUCUCGAAAAAGAUUUGCCUUUAUUGAAAAAAUGGCAGAUAAACGAAAAACCCAUCAAAACAGAGGACCAGACUUCACCAAGAGCAGAGAAAAGAGACUGUACAACACCACCGACACCAAGGGCUGCAGAAAAGCUUCGCUGUGGUCCUCAGCCACAGACCUCUGCAGCACAGCGAGGCUCGGUGCAGGUGACCACGCAGUACACUUGUUUCACUGUUCCAGCACAGCACGAAGCUGGGAUAAUACAGCAUCUUAGCACAGGCAACUGGAAAUCUGCAGUCCAUUUAAUUUCUAAACAUAAAGAACUCAUGGAAGAAAUGAAAAUAAUAAUGAUCAGCAUCAUCCAGGAAGAAUGCAAGAGACUCACUAAGGCUGAGAAUGGAUGCAUGCUGUGGAAAACGACUCCAGAGGACCUGAAAAAGUUCUCUUUUGAAACUUUACUCGCUGACCUUCAUCGACUUUCACCUUUCCUGUUGUCUGUUUUCAAAGCUGUAACGAAAGACAACGUGUCUUGUGUUGGUGCCGCUGCAUCUAUAGCACUAAGGGCUCGAGAUCUUCGGAUGUCUGCCUUUGCAUACCACAUCAGUGGUAUACUGCAACAUGGUGGAGCAAAAAAAGCCGUUUUCACGAGGCUCUCCAAAAUGGGCAUUUCAACAGCCUUCAAAAAUGCUGCACGCAAGAAAAAAGAGAUGGCAGCAUCAUGUGGAGAAGAAGUGCAGCUCCUGAACGCCAGCAGUGACCCGUUCCUCAGAUCAGAAGCUGAAUGUGAUGCAGAAAAUGUGGAUGAGUAAUGACGGGUGUGACUAGAACUAGGGCUGAACAAUUUUGGAAAAUAAACUAAUUGCGACAUUUUUUCUA